AUGCCGCCCUUGCCGCCCUCCUGCGCCGUCCGCGGCCUCUCCAUCCGCGGCUUCUCGACUUCCGCCCCGGCCUGCGCUCCUCGCAGCGAGCCUGUCCACCACCGCCCCUCCUCCAGCAGCAGCCUCCUCUCCAUCAACAGCUCCGGCCCUUCGCGACCCCCCAGCCAGGGCCCUCGCGCGGCGCACAAUCCCGGCGACAUCGCUACCAAUAUGUUGACUCGGUUUAAGCGCGAUGGGCAGCACGCUAUGCGGACCAAGCAGGCGAGCAUUGAGCUGCUGCGCAACCAGAAGAACUCGAACGAUUACUUGAAGCAGAUGCCGCGGAGGUGGGAUGCUGGUGAUGUUUAUUCGCCACACGAUAUGAGCCCUGUGGAGAUGCAGAAGUGGAGGAAGAGGUCGCCUCGUAGCGGAGAUGUGAUUGAUGCGCUGGGCAUUCGACCACUGGACAUGUACAAGAACUUCUCUCUGAUCCAGGAAUUCACCUCGACGUCCGGCCAGAUCACGCACUCAUCAGGCACGAGCCUUCGUCCCGUCAACCAGCGCAAGAUUGCCAAGAUGAUCCGCAGAGUUCAGGGCAUGGGCCUGUACCCGACUAUUCACGCCCACCCGGAGAUGAUCAGGGAGCAUUUCUUCCCCGAGAGGAGAUAA